AUGCACAUCGAAGAGUUUAAGGAAGGCGAAGAGAUAAGCCAGAGGGGGAUUGUGUCUUGUACAAGUGACAUAGGUGACUGGAAUGCGAAACGUGUUCUUGUCGGAGCUGGAGGCCGCGCACUAUUCUACCCAACUCUGCUCUACAACCUUCUCAGGAACAUGAUUCAGUCAGAAUUCCGAUGGUGGGAUCUAGUCGAUCAGUAUAUAUUGCUAGGUGCUGUGCCUUUCCCCAUUCAUGUUCCACGUCUCAAGGAACUUGGUGUACAUGGCGUCAUCACCCUCAACGAGCCUUUUGAGACUUUGGUUCCCACUUCUCUCUAUCAUGCCUAUGGUAUCAAACAUCUAGAGCUUCCCACCAGAGAUUAUCUCUUUGCUCCAUCCAUCACUGAUAUUACCCAAGCUGUUGACUUUAUUCACCAGAAUGCGUCUAGUGGAAAGACUACAUAUGUUCACUGCAAGGCUGGUCGAGGACGCAGUACAACCGUUGUUCUCUGUUACCUGGUGAAAUACAGGGAUAUGACACCCGAGUGCGCUUAUGAGUACAUUAGGUCCACGAGGCCGCGGGUCUCACUUGCUUCAGCACAGUGGAAGGCUGUGAAGAAAUUCUACAAUGCCAAUAUGGGAAGGAAGGCAAAACAAAGCAAGAUGAUUGUGAAGCGAACAUGCAUGGCAGAGAAAGAGGCAGUUUUUGAUGAUGGGUCGAUGGUGGUUGUGACAGAGUCAGAUCUGGCUGGGUAUGAUGAGCCUCAAAACACAGGUGGUGAUGCUUCAUGCGUGGAUGCGUUGCCAGAGCUGAGUUUGGCUUGCAAAGUCCAGUUUGUAAGCCAAAAUGCACUUGCAAAGAUCUCUUGCUUAUGGCUCAAACCAUCAAGGAGACAAGUCCUUGUUGAUCAGUUGCAGAGUCUUGGUGUCAACAUCAAAGUCUGUUAA